AGCCCACACGGCCGCCCCGCGCUCCCGCCCCCGGCCCCCGGCCACGCGAGCCCCAGGACCCUCAGUAGCGCCCCAGCGCCGCUGCAGCUCAGACACACCGAAAUAGGAAUGAUUUAAUCCAACGACACCUCCCAGGGCUGCCCAGUCCCGGUUCCGCCAGCUCCUGAGAUUGGGGAGGGGCAGAAUCAGGUGGAACUCGGAUUGGGGGGCGGAAAUGGCCCGAGUGGGAGGGAAGGCGCGGGGUCGGAUGCUACCUUGUAACCGAGUUAGGUUCCUGCAGAAAGGAAGGACGAAGGUCACCCACGGACCCUCGGGUGACCUCGGCGCGGCCUGGUGGCCAGGAACACCUGCGCGUGGACGAGGUCCCUUCCAGGGGGUCUCCCUGCAGGGGUCUCCAGGGAGGAAGUGGGCACGUGGGUCCUUAACCUCUCCAUUGCAUCAUCCCCAUCCCGGUGGGUACAGAAGCGCAGCAACCCCGCGAUGCUCCCGGAAGACACCGCGUCUCCAACAUUUACACGGAGAUGCUGCUCGGCUCAGGUCGGGUCCGUACGCUUCCCGAGGUGCGUACUACGAGAGCCACACACAUCACUACCGAUAUUCCUGGGAAAGUCGGUGCCACAGUUCCGACCUGAAUCCGAAAGUGCUUCUAAAUCCCAUGCUUCACAGAACGUUCGGAAGGGGAGGCGCUCCGUGGGGGCUGCUGCGUGCCCAUGUAGCUGAACUGACUCGAAUAAAAGCGUGUCCACGUCUACAUCACACAUCUGUGUAAAUGCAGAAGCCUGCGGAUGCGCGGAGCUGGCCAGACUUCACAGUGUGCAGACACAUGGGCUCAUGCACGCGCGCGCGCUCACACACACUCACACCCCAAAUUACCUCCGGGAUGGAGAAAGCCGCUGCGGAUUGGCCAGCAGAGCCGUCACUCAUGCCCAGGGGGCAGGGAGACUUCGCAAAGCUGUUUCCUUUUUUUUUUUUUUUUUUUUUUUUCCUCUGCUCUCCUCCCUACCGUUUCAUUUAAUGGUAAAACAACAGCAGAGCUCUGAAAGUUAACCAUCUGCGCGGAGUUUGCCUUCUUUAAGGAGGGAGGCGUCAGACGAUAUCCAUUUAAAUAUAUUUUGUACUUCCACAAAGGAUGGAAAGGGAAAUUAACGAAGGGAGUGGAGGCGGAAAGGGAGCUCCGAGUAAGAAGGAGGGGUCAUCCCGCGGGGGGGGGGAGGGGGCGGGGGCCGAGGGCCAACGCAGGGGAAAGAGUUGUUCUCUACACCGAAAAGGGACUUUGACCUUCCAUUGAUCUCUCAAAAUUAAAAAAUGUUUCUUCACAGGUCAGAUUGCAACAAACGCUCGUUCCUAAUUUAUGAACUCGUCGUUUUGAUUUUAUUAUUUAAGCAUGCGCCAGCAAUCGUGUUUCCUUAAGAAAGAACUGACCUAUUUUUGGCUGGAGAUAAACGAUCAUGUUAACAGAUGUUAAUCUUGUAAUCUGUUUUUCCUGUAAGCACUUUACCUACCCGGGUUCCAGACCUUAAAAAUAACAUCUUUUCCAAAAAGACCUGACGUCACAAUUCACUCCCUGAAAAAUCACACUCCCCCUCCAGUUUCUUCCCCUGCAAUGAUUUCAAAGACAUUAAAUCUUUUCCACUUUAUAAAUGCUGAUCUGUUCUGCCUCUACUCCCACAGGCUCUGAUUUGCAUUUCAAAUUCCACAGGUUACACCAGUCGCCUUUUCAAAAAAUGUAAACCAACAAUGAAGCAGCAAAUGGCUUUUUGUGCAUCUGGAUUAAAUAAAGCACAGAAUGAAUAUAUUU